AUGAGGUUACAGGCCGUCCGCCUCCUUUCACCGCCGCCGUCACAGAAUAAACUCUCCGAAAUAUCGUUAUGGUCUGACAAGCUGUCUAGUACGAUUCGAAGGACGUGGAAAGCAUCCGGAAGACCUGCAAGGCAGCAAUCCGGAACGCGCUUUCGCGCAGCGACGUCAGUGGACGAAGAAAAUUCAUGGUUGCAUCUGAUUACGCGUCGUGCGCAGGGGAGCCUUAACCUCGGCAAGUGGGCCCAGCCGGUGGACCUUGGAUAUCUGCAGCUCAUUAACUCCCUAACCGGGUACCAUAGAUCACCAAGAAAUCAGAGGAAGGUCCAGGAUGCCAUGAUUCGACCUUCAGUAAUCGAAUAUAGCCGUGGUUUUGCAGAUAUGGAAGCAAACGUGCUGUUCUCAAACGACAAGUUCGGAGCCAGAAGAGAGCGGUCUUUGGACGGAAAGUCGCACUUUUGA